UAUAUUCUCAUCAUGGCCUGGUCUGAAAGUGAUGAAAGGCCUGGUAAGGUUUCCACCGAAUUGGAAAGUGCAAAGAUGGAAUCCCCAUCACCCAAAAAGGAGGUCCUGGGGACCUCAAGUGUUACUGGACGUGGCAAACCCCCAGCCUUGAUAAAUAACCAAGGUCAUUUAAAUCCAAAAUUGGAAAAUUUAUCCGAUGGCGAGCUGUCGGAUUUUUCCCUCAAUGAUACCGAGGAGGAUGAAGAAGAGUUUCGGAAUUGUGUGCUGCUCAAUGGGGCCGGAAGUGAAGGUUCCUCCAUUGGCCGCACUCCAAAUAUUUCACCCAGAAAUGGUAUUCCCAUGUCGAAUGGUGGCUCACCGCCACCCCUAUCCUCCAGCUCCCUGAUUCCCUCCGGCCCAGAAGUCUUUGAUAAAAAUGGCUUCCCCUUGGUGCGCAAAGUCUUCACCAACACCCGGGAACGCUGGCGUCAACAAAACGUGUCCAGUGCCUUUGCUGAGCUCAGGAAACUGGUACCCACCCAUCCUCCGGAUAAGAAGCUUUCGAAAAAUGAGAUCCUCAGAUCCGCCAUCAAAUACAUUAAACUUUUAACACGGGUCCUGGAAUGGCAAAAGGAGCAGGAUGAAAAAUAUCAGCAGGAGGAAAAUGAGCCAAACAACAAUAAUCAUGCGACUCCGGCGAUACUCAAUGGUCACCUAAAUGGAAAUGGGACCAAACGUUCUCUCAACACUUAUUUAAGCGUUCCGGCGCCAGUCCCACCUCCGGCGGGUAAUAAUUUGCUGAUGAUUGCCCCAAUGCCGUCGUUGGUAAAUCAUUUCAUAAAAACCGAAUUGGCCGAUGUCCCCGAAUCCUCAAUGGCAGCGGGACGCCAAAAUGGUUCGUCAUCGGGGGUCAUACCACAACCUCUUCCUUUAGUAAAUGGCCGGAACUCUGGUAAAAUUUUGAAAAGUUAUAAACGUAAGUCUACGGAGGAUAUGACCAACAAGGAGGACAGGAAACGGAAGAAGGACAUGGGAACUAAUGGAGGUAUUUCAUCUUCCGGCGGGAAGCGGAUUUAA